AUGGAUUUAACCGAUAAGGUUGCAAUUGUGACAGGCGCGGGGCAGGGGAUCGGACGGGCGAUUGCGCUGCGGCUAGCAGGUGCCGGCGCAACGGUCGUUGUAGCUGAACUGAACCGUAAAGUCGGUGAGACAGUAGCAAAAGAGAUUGAGGCGUUGGGAUGCAAGUCCCUCGUCAUUGAGGUAGAUGUCUCAAAGUUGGAUCAGGUACAACGGAUGGCGCAGCAAACGUUGGAGACCUUUAACCAGAUCGAUAUUCUGGUGAACAACGCGGGAAUUGCAGGGAAAACGGCGACGUUGCCAGAUCUGGAUGAAUCGGAUUGGGAUGCGGUUCUGGAUGUGAAUCUGAAGGGCGUAUUCCUCUGCUGCAAAGCGGUGAUUGACCAUAUGAUCGAGAGGCAGUACGGCAAGAUUGUCAGUGUCGCUUCGAUCGCGGGCAAGGAGGGCAAUCCAACGCUCAUCCCGUAUUCGGCUUCCAAAGCAGGCGUCAUUUGUCUGACGAAAGCCUUGGCGAAGGAGGUCACUGAGUAUAGUAUCAACGUCAACUGUGUUUCACCGGCGGUAAUUGCAACCCCGAUUCUGGAACAGGUGUCGCAGUCCACUAUCGAUUAUAUGGUCAGCAAGAUUCCGCUGGGACGGGUUGGAAAGCCGGAGGAGGUCGCAGCGGUGGUGCAUUUCCUAGCGUCGGACGAUGCCAGUUUUGUGACCGGGCAGUGUUACGAUGUGAGCGGCGGUAGGGCAACCUAUUGA